AUGCACGACCCGUCCGCCUUAUCCCAAGACACCAUCGUCGACAACCUCGACCCCAAGGAAGCCGCUCGCCUGGACAAAGUGCGGAACAUCGGCAUCGCAGCGCACAUCGACUCCGGCAAGACGACGGUAACAGAGCGAGUCCUCUUCUACACCGGGCGCAUCAAUGCCAUCCACGAAGUCCGCGGCCGAGAUGCUGUUGGCGCAAAGAUGGACAGUAUGGACCUGGAGCGAGAGAAGGGCAUCACCAUCAAGUCUGCUGCCACGUACUGCGAUUGGAUCAAGAAGCAGCCAGACCCCGUAUCGGGCGAGAUGAAGAACGAGAACUACAAUAUCAAUCUCAUCGAUACCCCGGGGCACAUCGACUUUACUAUCGAGGUGGAGCGGGCGUUGCGCGUGCUGGAUGGCGCGGUGAUGAUCCUAUGCGCCGUGUCGGGCGUGCAGAGUCAGACCGUGACGGUGGAUCGGCAAAUGCGGCGCUACAAUGUCCCGCGUAUCUCGUUCGUUAACAAGAUGGACCGAGCGGGCGCAAACCCUUGGAAGGCUGUCGACGGCAUCAACCAGAAGCUCAGGAUCCCGGCGGCGGCUGUGCAAGUGCCCAUUGGUGCGGAAGAUGAUUUCAAAGGCGUGGUGGAUCUGGUGCGGAUGAAGGCAAUCUACUCCGAGGGACAGCGUGGCGAGAUUGUGCGCGAGGAUGAAGUACCCAACGAUCUCAGAGAGUUUGCGCAGGAGAAACGAAGACUACUCAUCGAGACCCUGGCUGAUGUGGACGAGGAGAUUGCCAACGCCUUCUUGGACGAGCGCACGCCCAGCCCACAAGAAAUCAAGGCGGCCAUCCGCCGCGCCACCCUAAGCCUAAAGUUCACCCCCGUCCUAAUGGGAUCCGCACUCGCAGACAAAGGCGUGCAACCCAUGCUCGACGCCGUGUGCGACUAUCUCCCCAACCCGUCGGAAGUGGAAAACCUCGCCCUCGACCAACGCCGGCAAGAAACGCCCGUCAAACUCGUCUCCUACAACAGCCUCCCAUUUGUCGGUCUCGCCUUCAAGCUGGAAGAAUCAAACUUCGGCCAACUGACCUACAUCCGCGUCUACCAGGGCCAACUCCGCAAAGGCCUCAACGUCACCAACGCCCGCACCGGCCAGAAAGUGAAAAUCCCGCGCAUCGUCCGCAUGCACUCGAACGAGAUGGAAGACGUGCAGGACAUCGGCGCGGGGGAGAUCUGCGCCGUUUUCGGCGUCGACUGCGCGAGUGGUGAUACUUUCACCGACGGCGGAUUGGGGUACAGCAUGACCUCCAUGUACGUCCCCGAUCCGGUGAUCAGCCUUUCCAUCAAACCGAAACACACAAAAGACACCCCCAACUUCAGCAAAGCCAUCGCCCGCUUCCAGCGCGAAGACCCGACCUUCCGCGUGCACGUCGAUACCGAGAGCGGGGAGUCCAUCAUAAGCGGGAUGGGCGAACUACACCUGAGCAUCUACAUUGAACGCAUGAAACGCGAAUACGGCGUCGAAGUCAUCACGGGCCAACCGCAAGUCGCGUACCGCGAGACCAUCACCAACCAUACCCCCUUCGACCACCUGCUGAAGAAACAAACCGGCGGCGCGGGCGAUUACGCGCGGGUGGUCGGGUUCAUGGAACCCACGGGCCAACUCGGGGAGAAUGCGUUCGAGCAGCGGAUCGUGGGCGGCACGAUUUCGGAGAAGUUCUUGUUUGCGUGCGAGAAGGGGUUCCAGGAUUCGUGUCACACGGGGCCGUUGAUCGGCCAUCGCGUCCUCGGCGCUCGCAUGAUCAUCAACGACGGCGCGACGCACAUGACCGAUUCCUCCGAACACGCCUUCCGCACCGCCACGCGCCAAGCCUUCCGAAAGGCCUUCAUGGCCGCCGGACCGCAGGUGCUCGAACCGCUGAUGAAGACCGUCAUCACCGCCCCCAACGAGUUCCAGGGGAAUAUCGUGGGGAUCUUGAAUAAACGGAAUGCGGUCAUCUCUGAUACGGAGAUUGGGCCCGAGGAGUUCACGGUCACGGCGGAUUGUUCGCUGAAUGCCAUGUUCGGCUUCAGCAGUCAGUUGCGCGCGAGUAGUCAGGGCAAAGGCGAGUUUAGCAUGGAGUUUAGUCAUUAUGCCCCUGCGCCGGGCCAGCUGCAGAAGGAACUGGUGGCGAAGUAUGAGAAGGAGCGGGCGGGGAAGAAGUGA